AUGGCCUCCAAGACCGCUCCCUCUCGAGUAGUCGACGUCAAGUCCGCUGGGCAUCCCAACCAAACACUGUACUGUACCAACCUACCCGACAAGAUUAACAAGCAUGAUCUCCGCUCUUCGCUCUACUCCCUCUUCUCCACUUACGGCACCGUCCUCGACGUCGUGGCCAUGAAGACUAGCAAAAUGCGCGGACAGGCCCAUAUCGUCUUCAAGGACAUCCAAGCCAGCACACAAGCCAUGCGCGCUCUUCAAGGGUUUGACUUUUUCGGAAAGGAAAUGAAAAUUGUCUAUGCUAAGGGUUCCUCGGAUAUUCUGGCCAAGCUUCGUGGCACGUACAACCCACCCGCUCUCGGCGCAGCUCCGACCGGAGCUUCGACGGAUCUCCAAAAGUCUAUCUUCAGUGGACCACCAGGCGCGAUUCCCUCCCGACCGGCUGCCGAGACGAAUGGAGAGGCGCACGGUGUCAAGCGAGCUCGCCAGGAUGAGAGUGACGAGGAAGAGGCACCGAUGGAAGAGGACAGCGACGUACCCAUGGAAGCCUCCUCCGAUGAAGAUUAA